GGCCUCGGUUUGGUUGUGUUGCCGCCUGGGAAGGAGACGCUGCCCUUCCGCAGCGAUGGGGUCCACGCUCUGUGGAGGGACCGUCUGGUGUAUGUGCCUCUGUCCUGCCCAGGCGUGGAUGGUGUCCAGGACCCAGUCAGUAGCCAGUUGAAGACGUUCUCUUUGGAAGCUCUUGGCCCAAGGGCUCCUGUUUGGGGUGCUGGGCCUGCCAUGGCUUUCCGGCGGACUGAGGGCAUGUCCAUGAUCCAGGCUCUGGCCAUGACGGUGGCUGAAAUCCCUGUGUUCCUGUACACGACGUUUGGGCAGUCAGCGUUCUCCCAGCUGCGGUUGACGCCAGGCCUGCGGAAGGUUCUCUUUGCCACGGCCCUGGGGACUGUGGCCUUGGCCCUGGCUGCCCACCAGCUGAAGAGGCGCCGGAGGAAGAAGCAGCAGGUGGGCCCCAAGGUGGCUGCUGAGCAGCUGGGCUCGGUACCCCUGCCCGUCCUCAUGGCUCGUAAGGUCCCUUCAGUGAAGAAAGGCUACUCCAGCCGGAGGGUUCAGAGCCCCAGUAGCAAGAGCAAUGACACUCUGAGUGGCAUCUCCUCCAUCGAGCCCAGCAAGCACUCAGGCUCCUCCCACAGCUUGGCCUCGAUGGUAGUGGUAAACACAUCCAGCCCCACAGCUGCGUGCUCAGACCCAUGGGAAGCCAGAGGGAUUGAGGAGUCUGUGCCCACCAUGGACGGCAGCGCUGAGAGCCUGUAUGUGCAAGGCAUGGAACUGUUUGAGGAAGCUCUGCAGAAAUGGGAGCAAGCAUUGAGCGUAGGCCAAAGGGGAGACAGUGGCAGCACCCCUGCCCCAGGGGACCUCCGGAACGUGGAGACCGCGUCAGAAGCACUGUCAGAGCCUGAGUCACAGAGGAGGGAGUUUGCUGAGAGGCUGGAGUCCCUGCUGCACCGGGCCUACCACCUGCAGGAGGAGUUCGGCUCCACCUUCCCAUCCGACAGCAUGCUGCUGGACCUUGAGAGGACCCUCAUGCUGCCCCUGACAGAGGGCUCGCUACGUCUGCGGGCCGAUGAUGAGGACAGCCUGACCUCAGAAGACUCCUUUUUUUCAGCCACUGAGCUCUUUGAGUCCCUGAAGGUUGGAGAUUACCCACUCCCCCUCUCCAAGCCUGCUGCUGCCUAUGAGGAAGCCCUGCAACUGGUGAAGGAGGGCAAGGUGCCCUGCCGAACACUCAGGACAGAACUGCUGGGCUGCUACAGUGACCAGGACUUCCUGGCCAAGCUGCACUGUAUACGACAGGCCUUCAAGGGACUUCUAGAAGACAGGAACAACCAGAUCUUCUUUGGGGAGGUUGGCCGGCAGAUGGUGUCAGGCCUGAUGACCAAGGCCGAGAAGAGUCCCAAAGGCUUCCUGGAGACCUACGAAGAGAUGCUGAACUAUGCCCUGAGGCCUGAGACCUGGGCCACCACCCGCCUGGAGCUGGAGGGCCGUGGGGUGGCAUGCAUGAGCUUCUUUGAUGUUGUGCUCGAUUUCAUCCUUAUGGAUGCCUUCGAGGACCUUGAGAACCCCCCGUCCUCGGUGCUGGCUGUGUUGCGGAACCGCUGGCUGUCUGACAGCUUCAAGGAAACGGCCCUAGCCACUGCCUGCUGGUCUGUCCUGAAAGCCAAAAGGAGGCUUCUGAUGGUGCCUGAUGGCUUCAUCUCCCAUUUCUACUCCGUAUCGGAGCAUGUUAGUCCUGUGCUCGCCUUUGGCUUUCUCGGACCCAAGCCUCAGCUCUCAGAAGUGUGUGCUUUCUUCAAGCACCAGAUUGUGCAGUACCUGAGGGACAUGUUUGACCUGGACAACAUGCGCUACACAUCGGUGCCAGCACUGGCAGAUGACAUCUUGCAGCUGUCUCGGCGCCGCAGCGAGAUCCUGCUGGGCUAUCUGGGGGUGCCGGUGGCCAGCAGCACUAGGCUGAACGGGGCCCUGCCUCAAGAGAAUGGGCCCCUGUCAGAGCUGCAGUAAUGGCAGGCAUAGGCUGGAGUGGGCCUUGCUUACAUGGGUGAUGGGUAACGGCAGAGAAGGCCGCCCCUCCCUUCCUUUGGGUUGGCAUCCAAAGGCCUGGGUGGCCAAGGGCCAUUGUCCCUGAGCCUAUUCCACCCCCUCAUCUGGGAAUCCCAAGACCCAGAUGACAAAUUUCCACAGGGAGGGUUGGAACUACUAGGAGCCUAACCAGCUUCCCUAGGUUCCCUGGGGAGCAGAGACAGUGCCAAUGUCAGCAGGGCCUGGUGGGGGGAACGCAGUGAGAGAGGAAGGAGUUGUGGAGAACUGAGAGGAGAGCUUGGGUGUUCAGAAUAGGGGACCAUGACCGUCCAGCGCCCGUGGGGCUGCAGACGCUCCAGGAGUGCCAGGACAGAAGGGAAGGGUAGGACAGCAGUCACUGGGUCCUGGCUAGGAGCCACCUGCAACUGUGCAGUCCCACCAUCCAGAGGGACCAGGAAUGGGCCUACUCCCCCUGUGCUCACAUCUGGGCUGGGAUCAACCCUUGAUGAGCCCAGGCACCACCCAGGACGCUGGCCUCCCACACUUCCAUGCCCUGCCAAAGUGUCCCGCCCACCUCUGCCACCACCAAAGAUGGAGGAGUGAAGCUGGGCACUCCCCACUCUCCCACAGACCUGGAACUCCCUUGGUGGUGCUAGGCUCCAGCUGAGGGUUCUAACCUGGGCUCACAAAGGCAGCUCACCUGUGCUGCUGGCUGCCGCCCCAGAGGCAAGGGCCCAGGGACCACAGCUAGAAGGGCAGAGGACAUGCACUGGGGCCAGCUCCCCACCCUCUUUCAGACAAGAAGCUGGGCUCGGCACUUUGCCUUUUACUCCACGCACAAGCACUCUGGGACCACGCUGGGGCCUAGAGCCUGCCUCAGGGCUGGCACCACCAGGCCCUGCAGCCGGUUCUGUUGUUAGCAUUUGGCCCAGCAGCCACAGGGGUUCUGGCAGUCCCUUCCUGCAGACUACUUUGCCAGUGUUUCCGUCUGGGCUGGGAAGUUUUAUUUAUUGCCUUAACACUUUAUUUGGAGGCUCGGCCCCUUCCAGAUUGUGAGACCCUCAGGAGAAAAGACUCCUGUUUGGUCUGGAGUUGAACACUGGCUCCUAGGACCACGUCCCUCCCUGGAAGGGGGGACAGGGCUCCCAGGGGCAAGCGGAUGCCAUGAGGAGGGGCGGUGCUGGGCAUGGCUCUGGCUCCCACUCCUCUCUGGGGCCGAUGCCGGGGAGGGAGCAGCCCCCACGCACUCACCCCGACAUUCCGUUCAUUUGCACUAACCCCACGCUGUGAAUGUGACCCUGGGCCAAGGCCCACUUGAUUUGCCCCUCAAUCACACAGCAGUGGCAUCUUUAUCUUGUCCUUGUUUACGCGUCGACGCACUGCCCUCUAGCACCCAAUCUGUUGCAGCUUCCAAAAUCCGUAUGGUAGAGUAUGUGCACUGACUGUGAGUCAAAUAAACCGAUUGAAAAAGCCUCUUC